UGUAUUUGUGGUCUUAAAAUUACAUGAUUUUUUUGUAAAAUAAGGAAUUUUAAAAAUAACAUUACAAUAGGGAAGUGCACUUUGUUACAAAUUGUAUAUUUAAAAAUGGCUUUAAAGCGAACUUCUCUAAGACUAUGUAGCUUACUAAGGUCUCAAAGAAUAUGCAGACCAAUGAGUUCACAAACAUACUCCAGUGAUGAAAAUAGUGGAAAGAAAACACAUUUUGGCUUCGAAACCGUAAACGAAGAGGAGAAAACUAAAAAGGUUCACGAAGUAUUUGAAACGGUAGCAGACAAGUAUGAUGUGAUGAAUGAUGUGAUGUCGUUUGGGGUACACCGACUGUGGAAGGACAUUUUCAUACAGAGGCUGGCGCCAACACCUGGCACCAAACUACUGGAUAUGGCUGGUGGAACAGGUGACAUAACAUUCAGAUACAUAAACUAUUUGAGGAACCUCGGCACUAAGAACAACAGGAGGAGCAGCGUGACGGUGUGUGACAUCAACCAGGCUAUGCUUGAUAUUGGCAAGACUAGAGCAGACAGACAGGGGUACUCAACGGACCCAUCAGUGGAGGUGUCCUGGCUUUGCGCGGACGCCGAGAAGUUGCCGGUACCCGAUGAGAGCUACGACGCGUAUACCAUCGCGUUCGGUAUAAGGAACUGCACACAUGUUGAUAAGGUGUUAGAAGAGGCGUACCGCGCGCUUGCGCCGGGCGGGCGGUUUCUCUGCUUGGAGUUCAGCCAUCUCCCCAACUCCACAUUGCAAUGGGCAUACGACCAGUACUCGUUCCAGGUGAUCCCGGUGAUGGGUGAGCUGGUGGCCGGGCAGUGGAAGCCGUACAAGUACCUCGUAGAGAGCAUCAGACAGUUUCCCGAUCAGGAAAACUUCAAGGCAAUGAUAGAGAAUGCCGGCUUCAGACACGUCACAUACGAGAACCUGACUUUCGGAGUUUGCGCCAUACACUCGGGGUUCAAGAUCUAAGUCAAUACUUGUUUAUGUAUUGAAAAGUUUCAAGACUCGAGAAUAAACGCCAAACAAACUGCUCAGUAGCUCUACCAUGAGUUUAAAGUUUAACCCCUUACUAAUAAA